AUGGCAACAGAAGCACAUACACCACCCAACCCGGCCAUCUGCGGACAAGACCUGACCUCCCGUGUCGCUAUCAUCACUGGAGCGUCCAGAGGCUUGGGACGCACCAUCGCCUUCAAACUGGCGAGUCGUGGGUGCUCUAUCUUGGGCACCUGCUCCAGCAGAGAAACUCUCCACCAUCUGGACACUUUGGCGGACGAAAUUGCUGCCUCGCACCAAAGCUCUUCGUCCACCACACCCCCGCCCAAGGUGGUAGGCAUAGUUGGAGACGUCUACUCUCCCACCUGCGCUGAGCAUAUUGCGGACGCCCUUGAGAAGCACUUUAGCAGCGGAGUCGACAUCUUCAUUAGCAACGCUGCGCCAAGAUCGAUGGCCAGAGUUGGUGCGCUGAACGCCGAGCACAUACAGACCUUCAACACUGGUAUCAUCCAGACGCCUGCGCUGAUUGUUGAUGAGCUGGUGAAGCGCAAGAUGUUCAAGAGGAACUCCAGGAUUCUGCAUAUUUCUUCCGUGAGGUCGAAGAAGGUUGAUUUCAGGACUCCGAUGUACUGCGCAACUAAAGCCGCCACAGAAGCACUCGUCCGAUGCUGGGCCGAUGCCUUUGGCGGCAAGAACCCGGAGUUCGAGUUCAUGGCCGGAACAACAGCCAACACAGUGUUGGUUGGCUUGACUCGCACAGAGCCGGUCAAGGAACUACCUCAACAUCUGCUUGAUUGGGUCUUGAAAGAAUGGGAGCCCUUAUGGUCGAUGCCGAAGAUGGCGGAGCCGGAAGAUGUGGCGGACAUUGUGGGCUUGCUGUGUAGCCACGAAGCCAGAUGGAUUACGGGAAGCGUCGUCUCUGCCGAUGGUGGAGGGAUGAAGAUACUGUGA